GACAGAGAAUCAGUGGAAACACUACUCCGGGAGCACGCCUUCCGUCACUCGCCAUUCCGGGCCCUAAUUGGCGCCGACUUAUCCCCACACGAUCAACAAGCGCUGGCCAACGCUGCAGCUAUGGGACGGAUACCCUGUGGUCAGGAUUUCUUACUGAUGGCCAGUCAGGCGGCGUUGGCCGCCCAGUGGGGUAAACUCGGUCCAAACUCAGCCGGUGGUGGUCCGCACCCGGGGGCCGGGGGUAUGCCUCCCACACCAUAUCCUACCAACCAAUCCAUAAACAACUUAAAUCUGGCCGAACUCUCAUCAAUGAUGGCCAGUAAUCCGGCGGCGAUGGCCAGCCUAUACUUCGGCAACAUUCCCAGACAAUUCAUGGCCGCUCCGGGCUUUUCAAUGAUGGGCCCGAGUCCGCCCACAUCCCAGGCCGGGCCACCACAGCCGCCCACAUCCACAGCCGCCCCGACCUCACAACUACAAGGACAACAGUCUCAACAGUCUCUGUCGCCCCACCACUCGCUGAACAGCCCUCCAGGCGGUGGUGGGACAGGUGGUCACUCUACGCCUGUUAGUAUGGCUGGAAUACAUCCCGCGUUUAUGGUGCCCACAAGUAUGGGCCCGAUGUCUGUGCCCGGCUUUCCCGGUGCGGGCGGUGUUGGCGGUGGUAUACACCCGGCGGCGGCCGCCUCUGCCCUAUACGCCUCCCUAAUGGUAUGUNGUGGUAUACACCCGGCGGCGGCCGCCUCAGCCCUAUACGCCUCCCGUAUGCAACUCAACCAUUUGUAUCAGAAUUUGAAUAAAUUUCACCCCUAUUUGCAAACACCCGGCAAUCGGUUUGUGUCACAGUUUGGUGUGAGUGGUAGUAAUGGUAUGUUUGCCACCGGAGGGCCCGGUAUGUUGGGUGGGGUCGGAGGUGGGGGUCAGGGUUUGCCCAACGGUAAGCUAGAGAUCGAUACCGACGACUCGCCUAACGAUUCAGUUCCUUCGCAAAUGUAA